GCCCCCAAGUUCCAGGGCCGGGGCGCGGGCGUCCCCGAAGUUCCGGACACGGAGGCAGGGGGCGCCUCGGUGAACCCCGAAGUUGCGGGGUUAGAGAGGGGACUGGGCGAGAGCUUCCCAAACUUCCGGACGCUGCGUUAGAGGAGCCUGCGAAGGUGUCUCCCAAGUUCCGGACGUGGGGUGGGGUGCAACGUGAGGGGACCCCCAAAUUCCGGACCUGGGGCUGGAGGAGUGGCCCGGGGAUGGAGGGGUCACCGAAGUUCAGGAGUCUGGGCGGCGUGGGGAUCCCUGAAGUUCUGGACAUGGGGUUGGAGGAGGCAGACAAUGUGUCCCUGAAAUUCUGAACCCGGAGUUGGGGGCCGUCGCGGGGAUCUCGGAAUUUCCAGGGUCCAGGGUGGCACUUCCCGAAGUUGGGGAGCAUACGCUCCCCGCUCCUGACGCGGGUGGGGACUCCAUCCUGAUUGAAUAUCAGCGCGUCCGGACUGGGGAUCACGGGGUGGGCCUUUGCCCCAAUACGAACUGGGAAUCCCGGGACUCAGGCGGGGUUGGGCCCCCCCCCUCCGGGAGCCCCGCGAUCCGCGGCGUCGGAGACGAAUGACUAAUUGGCUGGUGGCUCCCUGGGGGUUUGGACUCUGACUCCGAGCUGUGCCUGUACCCUGGAGUAGAAGCUGAGGGGUCCCUCGGUGGGUCCAGUGGAGGCCUAGUCUCCCAGGAGGCACCUGAGCCUGAACCAUCAGCUCCCACAAUCCCACUGGCUGCCCCUUGGAGCCCAACCACCCCAGCCGACCAAUGUCCACAGCCAGGGAGCAGCCCAUCUUCAGCACACGCGCACAUGUGUUCCAGAUUGACCCCGCCACCAAGCGGAACUGGAUACCUGCGGGCAAGCAUGCACUCACUGUCUCCUACUUCUAUGAUGCCACCCGCAAUGUCUACCGCAUCAUCAGCCUCGGGGGUGCCAAGGCCAUCAUCAAUAGCACCGUCACCCCCAACAUGACCUUUACCAAAACCUCGCAGAAGUUCGGGCAGUGGGCAGACAGUCGCGCCAACACUGUCUAUGGUCUUGGCUUUGCUUCAGAGCAGCAUCUGACCCAGUUUGCCGAGAAGUUCCAGGAAGUGAAGGAAGCAGCACGGCUGGCCCGGGAGAAAUCUCAGGAUGGCGGGGAACUCACCAGUCCAGCGCUGGGGCUCACGGCCCAUCAGGUGCCCCCGAGCCCCCACGUCAGCGCCAACGGCCCCGGCGAUGAGAAACUGUUCCGCAGCCAGAGCGCGGACGUCCCGGGUCCCGCAGAGCGCGAGCGGCUCAAGAAGAUGCUGUCCGAGGGCUCCGUGGGCGAGGUGCAGUGGGAGGCCGAGUUCUUCGCGUUGCAGGACAGCAACAGCAAGUUGGCAGGCGCCCUGCGAGAGGCCAACGCCGCCGCCGCCCAGUGGAGGCAGCAGCUGGAGGCCCAGCGCGCAGAGGCCGAACGGCUGCGGCAGCGGGUGGCUGAGCUGGAGGCCCAGGCAGCCGCAGAAGAGCCACCCUCCGUCGGCGAAAAGGAGGGGCCAGGCCAGUCACUGGAGCAGUUGGAGGCACUAGUGCAAACCAAGGACCAGGAAAUCCAGACACUGAAGAGCCAAACUGGGGGGCUCCGUGAGGCCCAAGACACAGCUGCUGCUGAGCGGGAGGAGACCCAACAGAAGGUGCAGGACCUGGAGACCCGAAACGCGGAGCUGGAGCACCAGCUGCGGGCAAUGGAGCGCAACCUGGAGGAGGCACGGGUGGAGCGGGAGCGGGCACGGGCUGAGGUGGGCCGGGCCGCACAGCUACUGGAUGUCAGGCUGUUCGAGCUGAGUGAACUUCGAGAGGGCUUGGCCCGACUGGCUGAGGGUGCACCCUAAGCCUGGCCAUUGGGUCCACGUGGGAGCCAGUUUUAUAUGAAUGAUUCCCACAUGGAGCAUCAGCUGGGCCAAAGGCAACACAGAGGGCCGAUUGCCCUGGCGGGGACCAGGGUCCAACUCAGCUGGGUGAGGCUUUGGCCGAUCACAGCUCAGGGGCUAUUUUCAGGUUUUUCAUUGUGUAGAAUUUCUAGACUCCCUGGGGUGUGUGCUGAUGCCCAGAUUACAUUUCUAAGUGCGGUGAA